AAAAUGGCCGAUACAUGAUAACGUCUCUCCCCGUUAACUCACAGCGCCCAUUAAUUAUCUAGCCUCAUAUAUGUGACAUCGAUGGGAAACUAGCAAGAGAGACACGGGGGGAGGAGCGCAUGUCCACAUACCAUGUGGGAAAGCCUCUGUGGCGUUUAAAGGCAUACACACACCAUACUUUGUCAGAACACCGGCUGUAGGAGUACUUGUCUGACUUUCUCUUUUCUUUCUGACUUCUUGCUUUGAGACAACAUUUAGGAAGCGACCGCGACUGUCGGGAAAUACAUGGCUAAACGCAGACGGACAGAGAUACAGAAUUGUUUUUGUUUUCAUAAGAAGAAUGGCUAAAGAGUGGAUCAGUGAAGAGGACAAAUAAAUGCUGCUCUUCCACAUUGUGGGUAUCUCCCUGCGGGAACUCUGUCCUAGAGUAGACCCACAGGCAUCCAAGUGAGCUAACAGAGGACAUAUCUCCUGCUGAGCUGGAUGCCUUGUGGAGGGAACCGCCAUAUACUCUCGGGGGGACCCACGAACACUUUUCAGGAAAUUACAUCAUGACUGAAGGUGCAGGUGAGGAUGAGGAUGGGCCCCUGGUGGAGUCAGGUGAAGGAGCGUUGGAUCCAGAAAACCACUGGAAGAAGAAAGAGGCCUUUCUUAAAGGAAGUCGGGUGACACUGGGAGAGAAAUGCUCCUCAGAAAUUAUGCUCUUUUUCACUGGACGCCGGCGCUCCAGUGAGGGCCCUGACCGGGCCCUACAAGAGGCUCUGCGCACUCGGCUCAGAGUAGUGGAGAGCAACAGCAAAGAUGUCAUCCAACUAUUUAAGGACCUGUCUGCCCGUCUGGUGUCUGUCCAUGCAGAGAAAGACAGCUUUGUGCUUACAUUUAAAACAGCAGAGGAAAUUUGGAAGUUUUCGACUUAUCUAGCAUUAGGUUUCGUGGCACGUUGCUUGGAGAACUUCCUGUGUGAUCAAACCUUCUGGCUGGAGCCAAAACUGCUCAGUGAUUUGGAGAUUAAAGUAACAGUUGAUGAGGAUCAUCUGGCCACCCUCUACCUAGAGCUUAUACUUCAGGAAGGAUCUUUCUUUGCUAAGGCGCUGUACACAAGAAGUGAAGAGGAUGACGAUGAUCAGCUGUCUUUCAAAAAGAAUGAUCUUUUAAUGGUGAAGGACACUGGACAGGAGGACAUGUGGGAGGGUACAAUGCUCUCCACUGGACACCAUGGCCUAGUGCCAGUCAGUGCCACUCAACCACUUCCUUAUCCUUUCUACCAGUGGUUCCUGAGAAAUUACCCAGGCUAUGCAGGGUGCUUACCAACAGACAAGGAGGCGUUUGAACACCCUCUUGUGACAGGUUCAUGUGUAGCGGUGGUCGACUACAAUCCAACAGUUCAAGAUGAGCUCCAGCUAAGCCAAGGGGAUGUUGUAGAGAUUCAGGGUAUACUUGUUCGAGGCCUUGGUGUCUUCAUAGGAAAACACUCCUCCACUGGUCUUACUGGCUUCGUCAAUAAAGCACAUGUCAAGCCUCUGGACACCAAGUCCCUAGAAAGACAUUUGGUCUUUCUGACCGAAGAGGAGCGAGCCACACUGGCCCAAAUAAGUCCAGUCAGCUCUGAGCCAUGUGAUAGCAACCUAUUGGAAAGGCUGUUUUCAUCGGACAUCAGCUUUGUGUACAGGCUAGACAGGCUGGAUGAGUCUGACUUCAUGUACAUCAGAAAUCGGCCUAAACGUGAUCACAAGAUCCCUGCAAGCACACGUCAGAGUGCCAUGUCAGAGAAAAGUGGGGGCACGCCGCCGUACCACUCCUCUCCCCACACGUCGCUAUUGCACUCGUCUCCCCGCGUGUCACUGUAUCAGUCCCACAAUCCUCUGGUACAGGAUGUAGAGCGCCUGUCCUUCAAUUUGGAUGACACAUUCAAGGAACUUAGUGAAUUCCAGGAAGACCUGCCGCUCUUCUUGGAGGACAGCAGUUGGGAGGGUGACGAGUCAGAAAGCAGCAACCCAACGUUGACCCUGCUAAACCAUGACUACUUCAAGGAGGAUUUCCUGCCCCUGUACGACCUCCACUGUUCGUUUCUGUGGGUCACCUUCAGUGGGAAGAGCGAGAGUGAACUCUCAGUGCAGCUUGAGAGUGUAAGGGAGUGUGCAAAGAGGAUGGGCAUGCACUGGGCACAUAGGCGAGCUUGCUUCCUCCUAGGAAGACUCUGUGCCAGGAAGCUGAAGCUAUCCCAGGCUCGUGUGUACUACGAGGAAGCUCUCAGUGUUUGUGUGGACAGUUUCAAUGACACUCCGCUGUUCAUCGCUCUCCUCACCAACCUCACAGCCGUCUACUUGAAGCAGCGUAUGUCAGACAAGCUGCCCAUCACCCUGGAAAAGGCCAGCGCUAUGCUCCUCUGUCUCCCGAACCAUACCUACACAUCCUCAGAUGAAAUUGAGCUUCUGAAGCUGUUAUUGAGGAGAUCAAUGGUAACGGGGGAUAAGAAUCUGGAAGCUCGUGUGUGCUACCUUAUCUCAAGCCUCUUCCUGCUUGUAAGGAAACCUGAUGAGGCUCUUCCCUUUGUGGAGCGCCUACAGUUCCUCUCAUCAACUCUCUCAGCCAAUGACGGGCUUCCUAUAGUACCUCUGGACCUCAACUGGCUCUUAAGCUUGCUCUAUCAUCGGAAAUAUAUGCCUUACUUGGUGCUGGCUUCUCUGAGCCUUGACUCAAGACAAGAUCACUCGCUCCAGGACGCCUUUCAGAGAAUUGAGAGAUUUAUCAGGAACUCUGCUCGCCUUAACCCUUUUUGGAAAGAGGGUACCUCGCUGCUUCCCGCCCAGAUUGUUGUUUACCUUCUGCAGGCACUGACUAUAGCAGAGAAAGAGGGGGACUUAAAGACACAGAGAGAUCUAUGUUUGGGCUUGGCCUCAGUUUACCAGCAAUAUGGUGUACUUGAUAAGGCUGUGUGCUGUGCGCAACGAGCAGUGGCGACAGGGGGCUUCAUCAAUGAAGAGGAAGGCUUUGAGGCCUCUGUUCUUCUUGGCUGGCUGCUGGUUUUAACAGGCCAGGCUGAAAAGGCUCUGAGUGUCCUGCAGCCACUGCUUGUAUCACUUCAGGGAUCAGAUAGCUCCACUCAAAGAGGCGUCAUUCACAAUCUCUUGGCCUUGUGUCUGAGGCAACAGGGCUGCAUACCAGAGGCAGGCUGGCAACUCCACUUAGCCUUGACGAUAUCGCGGGAAAGUGGAAACCAGCGGAAUCAGGCCCUGGCACUGGCCAACCUAGGCUGCCUGGCACUUGGUACAGGGGCGUCUAUAUUGGGAGAACAUUUCUUGGUCAGAUCCCUCCAACUUUUUCUGGAACUCAGGGAGAGCCCAACAGAUGAAGAGCAUGUGCAGACCUUUCUUUGGUUGGGAAGGAGCUACAAAAACAGGGGGAAGAGUCACCAAGUCAGAAUCUGUUAUGAAAUGGGAUUUCUGAUUGCCCUGCAUGCCCGAAACCUGCCCAGUCAGUUAGUGGUGGCCAAGGUGCUGAGUCGGUUGUAUUCCGACAUGCUGCUUUACGGUCAAAGCAUCGUAUAUUAUGAACACUGUGUGUUAGUAGCCAGGGAGUUAAAGGACAAGAGACUUGAAGGAGAGUACCUUGAGAUUCUAAGCAGCCUUUACCUCUCCCUAAAUACUGAAAAAUCAUCUCGUAAAUCUCUGGAUUACACCAAGCAAAGCCUGAGGAUUUCUAUUGAUUUGGGCAAGAGGGAAGAAGAGUCUGAGACCUGGUUGCAGGUGGGGAGGAUCUAUUAUCUUAUCCAGGAGGAUGAGCUGGCGGACAUGUACCUGCAGGCAGCAGUCAAGACUGCUUUAAGAAUGAACGACCCUCAUUUUUCGAUGAGUAUAUAUGAAGAAGCUGGAGAUGUCUACUUUAAAGGACACAGGAACAGGAUGGCCUCAGUCCCUUUCUACAGGGAUGGCAGUUUACCAUUUUCCCGAAGUGUCAAGGACAUCCAUUCAGAGUUCCGCUUGUUAAGUAAACUAACUGAGCUGUUAAUGGACCAAGGAGAGCAGGAAGAGGCUCUGCAAUAUGCUACGCUAGCUGUUGAAAUAGCUAAAAAAACGGAUGUACAUGUGAACCAGAGGACAGCUUACCACCGACUGGCGACAAUAUACUACGGCCUCCAACAGUAUGAGAUGGCCGAGAACUUUUAUCUGAAGUCGUUGUCUCUCUGUCCGCCUGUCAUGCAGCACCCAAUGGAAGCUCGGUACUACACUCAGGUCUACUGUAGGCUGGGUAAUCUCACAUUGCACCAAUUCAAGGAUUAUUAUGAUGCAUUGGGUUAUUUCCACCUCGCUCUGGCAGCUGCCUUGGAAGAUCAAACAAACCCAGAGGCUCUGUUCGUAGUGUACAUGAAGUUGGCGGAGAUCCACAGCAACCAUGUGCCUGACGAUCAACUAUGCAAGCUGUACGGGGACAGAGCCCGCAGCCUGAAGAAAGUUCUCUCAGGAGCAGAGAAAUCAGCUGUGAACGAGGACAUUGGAAAGGAUACAAGCGAACAUGAUGAAUGUGAUCCAUUUCGAAGAACUUGUAGGACGCAUGUAGAUACCCACAGAGACACUGAAAUUCAGAAUGACGUUGGCAAAAGGAGAAGGGAUGAAGACAGUCCUCCAAUCACAAACAAUCAGUUUGUUGACCUCCCUGAAUUUAUCGCUAGUCAGUCUUACACUGAAAGCAUUCUGACUGAGUCAUUUGACACAGCCAGGGAGCACAUGUCGGAUUCCUGCAGUUCCACGGACACUGUGCAAACUUCGCCGAAACGGAUAAAUGGGAAUGAUAUGAACUCCAGUGACAUCUGUCCCCAUCCUGAGAAGGAAACUGUCAUAGUUCCACAUCUUGAUCAAGAAGAACCCACUCACUUAGACAGCAGUGGAGAUCAUCCGACAUCCUGAGUGCAUUCACAUGAGCUUUCGCACUCAAAAAACCCAAGGCACUUUUUUUCUUCAUUUCCUUUGUCUGGUCACAUGUUUUUGAGCCAGUAAAUAGAAUACAUUGUUCCAACAAAAUGGCACUUAUCAUAUGCAAUGAGAGGAGGGUUGUAAUUCACUUUAAAUUGUAAUGUGCCUUUUUAUGGUGUUGGCGUACAAAGAUUGUCGUUGUCAUAAUGGUUUCAUAUGUCUUUUAUACUUCUGCAAUGAAUUUCUAAAAUUAUGGCAAAAGGACUGUGAGAAUGCAUUUCAAAAGAUGACAUCAAUAAAUUAUUUUUUGUGUAAUGUCAGUGGGAACACUAGCAUUUUGUAUUUUUGUCCACUUACUUUGUAAUGUUGCUAGGUUGGAGAAAAUAUUUUUUUUGUUCAGAUUUAUAUGUUUUUCCAUUACACAAGGUUGUGGCAGCACAGUGACCUUGUGAGAAAUUAUGGGGAAUGUGCCCAUUUCUUUGUCAUGAACCAGCAGAGGAGUAUCAACAAUCAAUUUCAAAAAGUGUCAAGACUCCCCACUAUGCUUAAACUUGAUCAUGUAAUUCUCCAGUUUAUCCAGAUGGGAGCAGUCAAAGUCAAAAGAUGAUUAUGUCUAGUGCCUCACAAACCGUAUGUCAUUUGCAACAGGUUCAAGAUAAGGCCAAAGUACUUUGUACAUGGUAUUCAUUGCAUGUGCAACACAUUAUAAUUAAAUGUGACAUCUAUGUAAAUAUCGGCAGGUAGGAAGUAAAUCAGUCACAUAUUGUGGAGUGUAAAGUUUUGAGGAGAAUUG